ACACCGACGUACGCUGUUGCUGGAGGACGAUGUUGCCGGUACGCCAGCAACCGUGUGCGUAGUUUCACUUCCGUGAUUCCUAGCUUUGUGGGGAAAUCCGUUUGAAUUGCACACCACUUGCCAAAGCGUGUGUUAAGGUGAGCAGACAUUGAUUUCUGGACGGUUGGCUUUUCUUUCUUCCGGUGAUCUUGUUGUAAAGGAUCCGGUGAUAAUGUUUGAUCAGCUUUGAAUUGAUGUACCACUGCUGAUUGGGUAGGCCUCUUCUCCACACGCCUUAGCCUUAACAACAAAAAUCAUUACUGUAAUAAUGAACAUCAAGUAUUGCUGACUGUGUCAACAACAAUUUCGGUUGCAGACCCUAUUGAAGUAUAUAUGUGUAAUGUAACAGAGCUGCUCUACGAUCUAAUUGCCUAUGGAGUAGUUGGCUAUAUAACGUUUUGUUUUCAACUAAUUUUUUUUUUUUUUUUUUUGCUUUUGGUAGUUGUUUAAUUUCGUUGAGGCAGUCAUUUAAAAAAAAAAAAAAGGAUUAAAAUAUAAAAGUAUUAAUAUGCAAUAUUUUUUUUUCAAUUAAUUUUUUUUUUUUUUGUUGCUCUUGGUAGUUGUUCAACUUCGUUGAGGCAGUCAUUUAAAAAAAAAAAAAAAGGUUUUAAAUAUAACAGUCUUAAUAUGCAAUGGCUGGUUAGCUUAGUUAGCUAUGAUGAUAAAGCCAAUGUUGAACAUUCUAUCCCCAGCCUGGCCUAUUGGGAAUUGCAACUAUUAAAACCAAUACACACAGUAUAGUCUCUAGACACUAGAGUCAUGGGCAUUUGACUGAGUGAGAAAAGCCCAACAAACCACGCGGUGAUAUCAAACAAGUAUCAAAUCAUUGGAUACGAAAAUAAAAGGACUAUUUGUGCCAUUUCACUUACCUUUUGCACUGUAUUUCAUGUUUACUGAAGAGUGCUUGAGUAAUGGGCAUAGACCCUAAGCUAGGGGGUGCAAUAUUGAAAAAAAAAAAAUCUAUGUUUCUAGGCAGGCAAGUACACGUGCCCUCUUAAAGAUAACAGCUCUAGUUUUGAUUCGAUGCUUGUACACAAUUGUGGAGUCGUGCCAAAUCGUAUCAGAUAUUUGUUGUUUUUUAAAAACAAACAAAUGUAUGGAACCAUGGCGCUCCCUGCCUCACGAAAUAACAGAAAGUAGUUCGUCUUGAAUUGCGCGUGACCGAAUAUUAAUGCUCUAGGUGCCUAUCUCAAUCUAAACAUAACAAUAACACAGGGACGACCUUUUUGUUGGCGUGACUGAAUAUUAAUGCUCUAGGUGCCUAUCUCAAUCUAAACAUAACAAUAACACAGGGACGACCUUUUUGUUGGCGUGACUGAAUAUUAAUGCUCUAGGUGCCUAUCUCAAUCUAAACAUAACAAUAACACAGGGACGACCUUUUUGUUGUAUAACAGCGUCAGAAAAGCUACUUUAUCGGGAGUCGAAUAAUACUAACUAAGACGUCAAGAACAAUGACAGCAUAUGGGGUAAGUUGACUUGUUGACGUUUAUAAUUUUAAGUCAUUGUGAAAUGUGUGAAGCAAGCCAAACUAUUCAUUUGACAACACCAAGUUGUUUCUUUAUAACUACAUCAGUAUUUUCACUAAUUACAAUGUAUAAGCUUGGAGGGAGAUAUGUGGUUAAACGGAAAGGGGGGGGGGAGGGGGGUUGGAGAUUAGGGGAGUACUGUGGGGCUAACGGGUCUGGGCUCAGUACCGUGAUUGCCCCGGGCGCUCUCAAUCCAGACUAUGCCACUGACUAAAGACGCCAGGCGCAUUUGAAGCAUAUUAAUUACUGCCCUUGAAAUUGAUUAGUAUUGUCUGCAGACACCACUUUUAUAAUCGUCUUUCUUUGUCCCUUUAUCUCAUGAGUUUCUUUGACAUUGUAUUUGUCUGUCCUAAUUUAGUGAACACGUGUCUGAUACGACUUUUAUAGUCGUCUCUAUUGGUCCCUUUAUCUCAUGAGUCUCACUGACAUUGUAUUUGUCUGUCCUAAUUUAGUGAACACGUGUCUGAUACGACUUUUAUAGUCGUCUCUAUUGGUCCCUUUAUCUCAUGGGUUUCUUUGACCUCAUGGGUUUCUUUGACAUUGUAUUUGCCUUCAUUUAUUGAACACGUGCUUGCGAGUCCAACUUGCCCGGAUCACGUGGUCAAUGUACGCGAAAGAAGAACUGGACUGGGAGCUGCUCACGAAAAACUAAACAGGAGAAAAAGAGCUGUUCCUUUUGUGAGCUGGAAAUGAGUUGAAGAGCUCCAAUCAAUAUAUUGGGAAAGCUGAAAACUAUUUCAAGUCACCAGGUCGAUGGUGAGGCCGACCCCCACUAUAGAACGGUAAUCGUUGGCAACACGCAAUAGGCUUUUGAUGACGUUAGACAUGACCCUAGAGACGUCCUUCAUUUAGUCCAGCGUUUCCACAAACGUUUUAUUCUUUGCCCUCUUAUUUUUAUACUUCUCAUUCGCGACCCACUAAAUGAGUACCGUAACGCGACCCACUAAAUGAGUACCGUAACGCGACCCACUAAAUGAGUACCGUAACGCGACCCACUAAAUGAGUACCGUAAAAAAAUAUGUGAAUAUUUACACAAUUUAUGUAUUUACCGGUACUCUAUAACAAACAUACUCUCUUCAAAAUAUGUUUAGAAAUCAAACAGAGACCUGGUGAAUAAUUUAUUUAUGACUAAUGAGAACUGUGAUACUGACUUUUUGUCCACUAGAAACUUGAGAUUUUAAGAAAAAGUUGAUCAUUUUAUGCUCAGCUCCUCCGGGUUAUGAACUUUGCCCCUAACUUGACCUGACCCGUCUGCCCCAAUUGGUCUGGGCAUUAUAUGUAUAGGCCUUCACAUCCCCACGCGUGGCUGGAUAAACAUUUGACAGUACAACAACUCAACCUCCGAUCGCAUUGACCGUCUUGCCGUGCAUGACUGAACAUUAAACAGAAAUAGAACAAACCGGCCACGGGGGUGUGCAGAUGUUACUCCACAGAGGGAUCAGAUGUCCGUCCCCAUCUUCCUGUGACGUCAUGGGAUGGAUAUGUCCCAAGGCAACCACUCAAAUAUACCGCCUCUUAGUGUUACCCACCAAUUUCACCACCAGUACACCACCAAAGGUCAUAUUGUACCACGGCUUAUUGAGUGAGCCUCCACACCACCAGUACACCUCCAAAGGUGAUAUUGUACCACGGCUUAUUGAGCGAGCCUCCACACCACCAGUACACCAUCCAAAGGUGAUAUUGUUCCACGGUUUAUUUAGCGAGCCUCCACACCACCAGUACACCACCAAAGGUGAUAUUGUACCACGGCUUAUUGAGCGAGCCUCCACGAGGCCCCGUCAGUACGCUUUGGUCCCCACUUGGUAUCGGGUCAUCUGUCCCUACAUGAUUGGGGAUCUUUUCCCUGUUAACAAGAUGAAGCGAAUGUCUGCUUGACACGUCCCUUUGGAAUGAUUGGAUUGCGAUACUAGGAGGCGGGACUCUGAAGCCGUGACGUUUUUCUCAGGAGUUUGAAGGAUAAAACAACUUGGAUCCACCGUAAAACGGAAACGAUUGACUUAUUGGUUAGUUCAACUGAGCCUGGUGAAAAUAAAAGUUGAAUUAUUUGUUUCUUGUUGAAUUCUGUUCCUCUAUCUAAAUCCAUAACACAUAAUUAUUUAUGGUAAAGAUCAAGAACCGGUAGCUGAAUAAAUAUCAUUCUCAUUAAACUAGUCAAGGGAUGACGUCUCCAAAUUUUUUUUUUUUUUUGUUCUCUGAUAUUUGACGUUUGAACCCCAGCGGUAAUUCGAUUAAUCAUUUGCUAACCCCGUCACACAAACGCGUUACCAUAUUUGAUCAAUUGCCCUGCGCUCACUAUGGGGUAUACUUCUUUGCAUUAUGGCAUUGUAAUUGUAGAUAACCAAAACCCAUUUCUCUCUCUCUCUCUCUCUCACUCAUUAUGCAAAGCAGGCCCUUGUGAUAUCCCCCCCCCCUCCGUCUCAUAUCUCUCUCUCCCCCUCUCUCCCACACAGUAUGUAUAGCAGGGCUGUAGAAUGGGACUCUAUAUUGCAGCAGACGUAUAAAUAUUUUCUUAUGUGAAACAAAACGACGCUAUUGUCCGAUAUAAUCUGUAUUUCGGACUGUUUUAGCGUUCCACAGACCUCUGUCCUACUGCAUCAACAACGGUCUUUAAAACCACUCUCUUUGGCUGCUACACGGGUCUGAGGAACUCAACAUUCCCUUGUUUCAUGCAUUCUGCGCCCCCCCCCCCCCCCCCCCCCCCCCUCCCCACUUACUUCUGUUCUGUGUAUCUAGCACAGCUCUUUCAUGCUUCUGCUGGACGUCUCUACACCAGAUCUCUUUUGUUGACUGUUACAGUUACAUACAUCUGUCCACUGCACUGCCCACCACCAAGGUUUUGAUCUGUCCACCCAAGAACGCUGAACGGAGACCACGAGAGGGGGGGCGGGGCUCUGGCCAUUGAUCAAGACUGCUCCACGUCUUAAAAUGAGUGCAUCCACUCAUUCCCUGUGCACCACGCAUGAGAGCAGCGGGGCGUGCUGCUGUAACAAGAUUUCACCCCAUAGGUUACGCACCGGUUUGUCACAUUGACCCACACAUCAACCUGCUGCUGUAACAAGCAUUCACCCCAUCGGUUACGCACCGGUUUGUAACAUUGAUCCACACAUCAACCUGCUGCUGUAACAAGCCUUUACAUCGUCUACUAUCUGUUUCAUUAACGUAUGCUGUCACGGAUGCGUCCCAUCCAUGUCACGAAUAUUAGACAUAUUUCCGCACCCCCCCCAUCUAUGUCACUAAUAUAUGACUUAUUUUCGCACCCCCAUCUAUGUCACUAAUACCCGGUACGUGACAUAUUUCUGCACUCACAUCUGAGUCACUAUUAUGGGAUAUAUUUCUGCACCCCCCCCCCAUCGAUAUCUACACUAUUGCACCACGUGACGGGUCGGCCCAGCUCGCCCCCUUAUCCCAGUUCCCGUGACCGUGAUUAGUGACACGAGCUGGCGUGUUUUGAAAGCGUCUUAUCGCCCCUUUGAUACGAUUGCUUUCCCCAUUUAGCUGUGGAAGAAACGGCCAGGACAGCGGCCAUGAAUAAGUUAUCCCACAGAGUCCAAUGGAGGAGGGCUUGUGCCGAGAAGUCAUUUAGGUUGCUUCUAUUAUGCAUUAUUUGGUACAUCGGUCUCCGCUGUCCAAGUCAGUUAUUCAGGAUAUAAUCUGUUUCAACUUUUGAUUGGUUUAAAUACGGCAUCGCCAUAUUCCAAGCACUUCAUGAAUCAUAUUGAGCAACUGAUUGCAGUGGCUGACGGUGCAAGCUGUAUAAAGAAUCAUAUUGAGCAACUGAUUGCAGUGGCUGACGGUGCAAGCUGUAUAAAGAAUCAUAUUGAGCAACUGAUUGCAGUGGCUGACGGUGCAAGCUGUAUAAAGAAUCAUAUUGAGCAACUGAUUGCAGUGGCUGACGGUGCAAGCUGUAUAAAGAAUCAUAUUGAGCAACUGAUUGCAGUGGCUGACGGUGCAAGCUGUAUAAAGAAUCAUAUUGAGCAACUGAUUGCAGUGGCUGACGGUGCAAGCUGUAUAAAGAAUCAUAUUGAGCAACUGAUUGCAGUGGCUGACGGUGCAAGCUGUAUAAAGAAUCAUAUUGAGCAACUGAUUGCAGUGGCUGACGGUGCAAACUGUAUAAAGAAUCAUAUUGAGCAACUGAUUGCAGUGGCUAACGGUGCAAACUGUAUAAAGAAUCAUAUUGAGCAACUGAUUGCAGUGGCUGACGGUGCAAACUGUAUAAAGAAUCAUAUUGAGCAACUGAUUGCAGUGGCUGACGGUGCAAACUGUAUAAAUAUAAAGCUAUUCCUAAUCAUCCAUGGGAUUUCUCAGCUCAUCAUCUGAUUUUUUGACAUGCUAUCAAUCAUCAGAGUUUAUGACAUCAUGAUCAGAGCGCUUUGUAGACACAGGGCGCUCUACAAGUCAUCAAUCGUCAUCAUCAAAUCAGCAUUUAUUGUUAUUAGCAAGGUCACAUCACGUAGUGGCCAAGGGUUAAAGCUUUUUGGGUUUUGUUGUUUGACUUGAUGUAUUCGUGUAGCAUUAGAAUUAGAGUCGUCAUCUAUUGGCUGGAGUCGUAAUCAGACCCGUUGAAUGUUGCCCCGUCUGUCGUGUCUGCUGUUUUCUCAGACUUGUUGAACGAAUGUUGCCCCGUCUGUCGUGUCUGCUGUCUUCUCAGACUUCUUGAACGAAUGUUGCCCCGUCUGUCGUAUCUGCUGUCUUCUCAGACUUGUUGAACGAAUGUUGCCCCGUCUGUCGUGUCUGCUGUCUUCUCAGACUUGUUGAACGAAUGUUGCCCCGUUUGUCGUGUCUGCUGUCUUCUCAGACUUGUUGAACGAAUGUUGCCCGUUUGUCGUGUCUGCUGUCUUCUCAGACUUGUUGAACGAAUGUUGAACCGCCUAUCGAGUCUGCUGUCUUCUAAGAUUUGUUGAACGAAUGUUGCCCCGUUUGUCGUGUCUGCUGUCCACUCAGAAUUGUUGAACGAAUGUUGCCCCGUAUGUCGUGUCUGCUGUCUUCUCAGAUUUGUUGAACGAAUGUUGCCCCGUCUGUCGUGUCUGCUGUCUUCUCAGACUUGUUGAACGAAUGUUGCCCCGUUUGUCGUGUCUGCUGUCUUCUCAGACUUGUUGAACGAAUGUUGAACCGCCUAUCGAGUCUGCUGUCCACUCAGACUUGUUGAACGAAUGUUGCCCCGUUUGUCGUGUCUGCUGUCUUCUCCGACUUGUUGAACGAAUUUUGCCCCGUCUGUCGUGUCUGCUGUCUUCUCAGACUUGUUGAACGAAUGUUGCCCCGUCUGUCGUGUCUGCUGUCUUCUCAGACUUGUUGAACGAACGUUGCCCUGUCUGUCGUGUCUGCUGUCUUCUCAGACUUGUUGAACGAAUGUUGCUCCGUUUGUCGUGUCUGCUGUCUUCUCAGACUUGUUGAACGAAUGUUGCCCCGCGUAUCGAGUCUGCUGUCCACUCAGACUUGUUGAACGAAUGUUGCUCCGUCUGUCGUGUCUGCUGUCUUCUCAGACUUGUUGAACGAAUGUUGCCCCGUCUGUCGUGUCUGCUGUCUUCUCAGACUUGUUGAACGAAUGUUGCCCCGUCUGUCGUGUCUGCUGUCUUCUCAGACUUGUUGAACGAAUGUUGCCCCGUCUGUCGUGUCUGCUGUCUUCUCAGACUUGUUGAACGAAUGUUGCCCCGUCUGUCGUGUCUGCUGUCUUCUCAGAUUUGUUGAACGAACGUUGCCCCGUCUGUCGUGUCUGCUGUCUUCUCAGAUUUGUUGAACGAAUGUUGCCCCGUCUGUCGUGUCUGCUGUCUUCUCAGACUUGUUGAGCGAAUGUUGCCCCGUCUGUCGUGUCUGCUGUCUUCUCAGACUUGUUGAACGAAUGUUGCCCCGUCUGUCGUGUCUGCUGUCUUCUCAGACUUGUUGAACGAAUGUUGCCCCGUCUGUCGUGUCUGCUGUCUUCUCAGACUUGUUGAACGAAUGUUGCCCCGUCUGUCGUAUCUGCUGUCUUCUCAGACUUGUUGAACGAAUGUUGCCCCGUCUGUCGUAUCUGCUGUCUUCUCAGAUUUGAUGAACGAAUGUUGCCCCGCGUGUCGAGUCUGCUGUCCACUCAGACUUGUUGAACGAAUGUUGCCCCGUCUGUCGUGGCCCAGUUAAAUUCCCUCCCACCCAGGACUGACCCGCUGACCUAUCAGUCGACCACCAAGUGUACAUGUCUCAGCAGACCACUCAGCACUGCUAUCACGCGAUUAGCGUCAUUAAUAAGCCAUACACCCUGACACCCUUUCCAUUGAUGCCGCUCUGUAUUGGGACGUGCCGGUGCUGCCAACAGUAACAUGGGUCAGGUCUGUCCCACUCAGGAUAUGUUGGAUGUUGUUUGAGUGUCGUAAAGGAUAUUUCGAGACUCCUUCUGCUAGUGUAAGCUUUUUUUUUGGGGGGGGGGGGGGGGGGGGUGGUGGAUGGUGGGGGACCCAUACUGCCUUCUCUUUAUGCAAUCCCCAAGCAAUUGUUUAUAAUUAAUUAAAAAAAUAAUUCCAAGUGUUUUAAAUACAAUAAAUAAAUAAUUUCUUGUAGCCUACUAAACCCGAAGCCCGAUUUCGAGUUAUCUGGGUAGCAGACAGUACAGACAGACCCACAUCACAAAGGUGCCACAUCACCCACCCGCCACACCAACCAGAAAUAAUGCUAAACAAUCUAUCGGCCAUAGCCAGGCGACAUACAGCUUCCAAUAUAACAGAGAUACUCUACUCGCAAUGCAUCACUUUUUCCCCGUGCUUGAUGCCAGUGGCUUUGUGCCAUGCAUAAUGUUGUCAGGUACGGUAGUUUUAGUAUUUACUUGUUUACUAUGAGCUUUAAGCGAAGUGGAGGUGUCGAGUCGAGCAACGAGUCGAGCAACGAGUCGAGCAACGUUGACUGAAGUCGUAAAACAUUCUCCUCGUUUUGAUUUAACGCGUAUUUUUAUCCUGUAACAAAGUCCACCCAGUGCUUAGCAACACCGACACCCAUGGUACAAGCUGGGCGACACCGACUGACACCCCUGGUACUAGCUGGGCGACACUGACCGACACCCCUGUCGCUAGCUGGGUGACACUGACCGACACCCAUGGUACAAGCUGGGCGACACCGACCGACACCCCUGGUACUAGCUGGGUGACACUGACUGACACCCCUGGUACUAGCUGGGUGACACUGACCGACACCCCUGGCACUAGCUGGGUGACACUGACAGACACCCCUGGUGCUAGCUGGGUGACACUGACAGACACCCCUGGUACUAGCUGGGUGACAAUGACAGACACCUCUGGUACUAGCUGUGUGACACUGACAGACACCCCUGGUACUAGCUGGGUGACACUGCAUCAUUUUAUACAUUCAACAUUUUCGUUUUUAUUUUCUGCUCUAUAACCAUAAGAUUAUUCACUCUGGUGAUAUUCAUUGACCAUACAAUACUCGGUGGAUGAUAAUUUAAGGGUGGCAUUGGUUAUGGAAAGAACUAUUUGAUAUGACACAAGUUGAGAACUGCAGUGACAGAAAUAAUUAUUUGAUAUGACACAAGUUGACAACUGCCGUGAUAGAAAGAACUAUUUGAUAUGACACAAGUUGACAACUGCAGUGACAUAAUUAACUAUUUGAUAUGAUUUGAGUUGAGAGCUGCAGUGACAGAAAGAACCAUUUGCCAUGACACAUGUCAAGGGCUGCUGAUGUAGUGAUGAAAUAUUCUGAAAACAACCCUGCUUGCAAUCCAUCCACUACAGCUUAGCACCUGUUAUGCCCAGAUCCAUUUAAUUCACUUUACUUGUACUUUUAUCUUCCGGUCUCUAAUAAUCAUCCUCUGAACUUUCGUUUGUGGCCUCCACCGCUGCCACUGGCUCAUAAUUUCCGGCCCCCAAAAACACCACACAAAAAAAAACCCAACAAAAAAAAACAAACCUACUCCCGUGAUAUAGUCGUUAAGGCUUAAGGGCAAUUGCUGUGGCGGUCACGAUAUAAUUAUAUCUUAGCUAAAAAUAGAAUGUUCUGAUCAUAGAUUUGUGGCAUAACGCAGCACAGCUUCGCUGACACGUUUAGAUCAGUCAGCACCCUCAACUUGGGUCUGCUCUUUCCUUAUGCUGAAUAAUAAACAUUGAUUGAAAUCAUGUUUUCUCUAAAACUAAAAAAAAACAACAAACCACAAAUAACAACAAACAAUGACUGUGUCAUUAAGAACUGUUGCCUUAAACAACAACCAGAGAGAAAUGUAAUACAUUGGGUUCUCUUGGGAAAUCAAUAAACGUAGUGGACAAGCUCUGGUCUCCAUUACAAAUAUCAGGAAUUCAGUUCAAUAACACCCUGAUACACUGUGAAGUGAUAUGACAUUACAUGUAACAGGAAUUCAGUUCAAUAACACACUGAUACACUAUGAAGUGAUAUGACAUUACAUAUAACAGGAAUUCAGUUCAAUAACACCCUAAUACACUAUGAAGUGAUAUGACAUUACAUGUAACAGGAAUGCAGUUCAAUAGCACUAUGAAGUGAUAUGACAUUACACGUAACAGGAAUUCAGUUCAACAAUGCAACUAUGCACUAAGGAUUUGUAAAAAGUGCAUAGAAUCAGAGGACUGGGUUUCUGAAUCAUUUGACUGGUCAUUCAAUUAUAAUUUGAAUUCGCAUGAGAAGCAAAAUAGGAAAAAAUAGUCAAAUAACAGUUUGAUCAUGAGAGCUAACUAGUAAAAUAAGUUAAUAAAAAAAUUGUUUCUCAAUCCAAAAUAAAAAAACCAAAAUGGUCUCACGUUUUUCUUUAUUAGUAUUCCCACAAUUUUAUUAAAACCACCAUUCUUUACACUAUACACCAAGGAAUCAACAAAAAAAAUAAAAAACUGAAUUAUUUUUCUUAUUUUUUCAUCAAAAGCAGAAUCUAAUUCUGUGGGAUUUUCGGGUAGCCAAUGUUAUAAAGAGAUUUCUUUUGUCGUUCUCCUGGUACCUUGCUGGAUUAAGCACAUUUGGAGAGGCUUCUCUCAAUCAAUAAGAAACCAAACACAGCCCAGCUAUCAUGUGUGCUCACUGAAUCCUGCUCUGUCCAUAGCUCUUUUCUCAUCUCAUUUUUCAUUAAUUCCCCCCUCGCUCCAUAUGGGGAGGUGUUGAUUUGUUCAACUGUUCUCUAUUUGUCUAGAUGGCUGGACACAAGCCAGAUGUGCCAUCCAGUUGACAGUAUGAGAACUGUGGUCAGCAUUCCAGCAGCUCAACUCCAGCCUCCACCCAAAUCAUCCCCCCCCCCCUUUUCAGCUGCAGUAGCCAUGACAACGGAGAGCGGGUAGAAUGAAGAUCAGGGUCCAUAACAUCUCUGACAGAGAAUGUGUGAUCUACCCUUUGCCUCUGCUUGUGGGAGACAUAGAGGGGAGUGCUCUGGAUGGUGUUCUCAUGGUGUCCACCUCAGGCGAUCCAGAUGGUGUCAUUGAGUGGCCUGUGGUAGAAGGAUGUUUCAAGGUGAGCUCCAAGCAGAUGGUUGUCCCAAUCUAAUAUCAUUUCCCCUAAAAAUAAUGAAAGAAAGUGUCCUUGCUCAGAUUUAUUUUAUUUGUAUUUCUUCAAAGUUAGUGCAGUCUUUUCAAAACUCAAUUUUCAAAUCAUAUCGUAAAAAAAAAAAUCUUAGUGCCCUCUUAUCUCAAAGCAAUUCUCUAUGCUCUCAUUUCAUAAAAAAAAUGUUAGUCAUUUAUUAAGAUGAAACUUUGUGCAUCCCCUUUAAAUUGAUCUGUGCCCAGUUUGGAAAUGACUGAUGUAGUUCGUAUCAGAAGUCAAAAUAAACAUGGUCAUAACAAUUUUUCACCCGUCAUACAAAAAACGCAUGCCUUUUAUUUUAUUACAAGUGAACUUUCAGUUUAGAGAGAAAUAUUGCAAUGAGUAAUAUAGAGAUGACCUAAUUUACCUUAUACAAUGGUGCUUUACCAAAUGCCAAUGCUGGUAAUGCCUUGUUGACUUAAUUAAUGGCAGCUGUGCAAGAAAUUUGAAUCAACAACAAGAAGGAUUAAUUAAUCUAUUUUUGUUCACAAAAAAUAAAAAAAUUGGAAAGAAUAAAAGGAUUGGGUCAAUUUUUCUGGAAAUCUCUAUAAUGGACCACUGUUCUAGGCAUAUUAAUGUUCGAUGAGUUGCCAGUGAUUGUCAUUUGUUUGUGGGUUUUACUUUCUGCAGGUAUUGGCCCGGUUACAACCUGGCGAUAACAUCAUCAAUCUGAGAUGUGGCCAAGAGUCCUUGACAUUGAGACUGACCUACGACGUACCGGGUUUCACUCACAUAGUGAGACCUGUGUAUAUUGUGUGUGCAGAUGAUGAUGGACAUUUCCAAGUAAAUUUAUUUUCAUUGUUCUUUUUGCCAUGGCAAUUUGAUGUGCUAUAUUAGGUAGUCUCAUUUUGGAUUUUACAUAAUGACCCAUUUUACAUUUUUUUUACCAAUAUGUUCAAAACUCUAUACACUGUACGCAUUGUCAAAAUAUCUUUCAUUGUUAAAAUAUCGUUCAUUGUCAACAUAUCUUUCAAUGUUGAAAUAUCUUUCAUUGGCAAAAUAUCUUUCAUUGGCAAAAUAUCUUUCAUUGCCAACAUAUAUUUCAUUGUCAGCCUAUCUUUCAUUGUCACCACAUCUUUCAUUGUCAAAACAUCUUUUAUUGGCAACAUAUAUUUCAGUGUUAUUAUUGGCAUAAUUUGUCUGUGCCAUCAUCUCUAUGUUCCUAUUAGUAUUUCAUGCCUAUUCCAACUAGGGCCCAGAUGAUAUAUCCUGCUCAGCUGAAUCAGCUGCAAGACGAAUAGCCCUGGGGGCCCUGGUCAUCCAGACACUGACAGCAGAGAAGAUGAGGGAGCACGGCUUUGGACGGAUCACAUUCCAAGUUGAGAUGGACUCUGACCAUCAACCGGUUUGUCACAUCUUCUACAGCAAGCUCAAACUGGAGGAAGCCUAUGCUAUGACUGGGUAAUGUACUGUGUGGGGGUGGAUAUGUGAUGAUUGGAUAAUUUACUGUGUGGGGCUGGGUAUGCAAUGACCGGGUAAUUUACUGUGUGGGGUGGGUAUGCUAUGUCUGUAUAAUUUACUCACUUUCUGUGUGGGUGUGGGUAUGCUAUAACUGGGAUUUUACUGUGUUGUCAUGGGUAUUUAUGAUUGGACAAUUUAUUGUGUGAAGAUGGGUAUUAUGACAGGACAAUUUAAUGUAUGAGGAUGGGUGGGCUAUUAGUGAGUAAUCUACUUAUUUCUGUGGAGAUGCAACAUUUGCAGAUGGAUGCAUCAGAUCAAAUACAUCACUGUUAACGUAUAGUAGGGGGGUGCAGCUGAUAUUCUGAUUGUAGUGUGUACAGUUAAUGUCCAUGAAACGAUUCCCUUGAUUACUAGAUUAGAUACAUAUACUUUAUAGAAAGCAAUAUUCCACUAUAACAAACGGGACUAGAUACAUAAUUUAAAAAAAAAAUGUCCCACUAUCACAACUUGUCUAGAUACAUAUAUAAUUUAUUGAAAGUAAUACCAAUAAUACAUUGGUACCAAAGAUACAUAUCAUUUAUUUGAAAGCAAUAAUCUUAUUUAUUGAAAGUCUAUUGAAAGCAAGUGCUGGAAAGGUAGAUUCUGCUUACACGCCUUAUGUUACUAAGGACCUUUGAUUUAUUAUAUGAAUUAGGAAAAUAAGCUUUAUUAGAAUUUCUUUUGAGCAUCUUGCUAAAGUUAUCUUUCCAGUACAUAUAAUUGUAAUAUAUAUAUAUAUAUAUAUUUUGAAUUAUCAAAUUAAAUCUUUGAAAAUAUUUUAUUGCAUAAGUUUUGCAAAAAAGGUAUUUUGUAUCUUGUUAAUUUUAUAAAAUAAAUGUUAAAAUAUCUGUAAGUUAAAAAUUUUUUAGCAUAGAUUUGAAAUAUAUUUGUAACAAAAUAUAUUUGCAAAAUUUGAAAAAUUUCCAUCCUUCAUACAGUUAUCCAAAAAUAUCCAAAGAAAACUUUAAAAUAUGAUUUGAUUGGUGUAGAAGGUGAAUAAAUCUUGUUUUAGUUUAUACAAUCCUUUAUUUGUUCUCCAAUCUUUUCUUCUGCAGAUACCAGCUGUGGAGUUAUUUUGGCAAGGAACUGAUGACCUCACCACUCUUCUCCCACAAAUCUCGCUCAAAGUUUUACUGUUUCAUGUCCUUCACCAGAUACCACUUACCUAAAGACACUGAUCUCCCCAAGACUCACAGUGACAUACUCAAACAUACCAAGGGUCACACAGCUCUAGGUGAGAUAUUAAUAAAAUUUAAGGGCAGAUAUAGCUUACCUAAAGACACUGAUUUCCAUAAUACUCACACAGUGGUGUGGCUAGGGUUAGUGCUGUCCCUCUUCUACAACAAAUCUCAGCUAUUAGCCAAACAUGCCGACCUUUCAUAUAAAGAAAAAGCACUAGGUGAGCAUGAGAUAUUAAUAAAAUGUUAGGACACAGCACUUGGUGAGAUAUUAAUAAAAUGUUAGGACACAGCACUUGGUGAGAUAUUAAUAAAAUGUUAGGACACAGCACUUGGUGAGAUAUUAAUAAAAUGUUAGGACACAGCACUUGGUGAGAUAUUAAUAAAAUGUUAGGACACAGCACUUGGUGAGAUAUUAAUAAAAUGUUAGGACACAGCACUUGGUGAGAUAUUAAUAAAAUGUUAGGACACAGCACUUGGUGAGAUAUUAAUAAAAUGUUAGGACACAGCACUUGGUGAGAUAUUAAUAAAAUGUUAGGACACAGCACUUGGUGAGAUAUUAAUAAAAUGUUAGGACACAGCACUUGGUGAGAUAUUAAUAAUGUUAUGACACACAAUACUGGGUGAUGUAUAAAUAAUGUUGGGACACAUAAUACUGGGUGAUAUAUAAAUAAUGUUAGGACAAACAGCACUUGGUGAGAUAUAAUUAAUGUUAGGACACACAAAACUGGGUGAGAUAUAAAUAAUGUUAGAAUCCACAAUUCUGGGUGAGAUAUAAAUAACAUUAGAACACACAAUACUGGGUGAGAUAUAAAUAACAUUAGAACACACAAUACUGGGUGAGAUAUAAAUAACAUUAGAACACACAAUACCGGGUGAGAUAUAAAUAACAUUAGGACACACAGCACUUGGUGAUAUAUAAAUAACAUUAGGACAAACAGCACAAGGUGAGAUAUUAAUAAUGUUAAGACACAUGGCUCUAGGGGAGAUAUUAAUGAAGUGUUACAGUGGUGGUUCUCAAAGUGAGACGUACCGCCCCCUGGGUAGCGUUGUAUCAAGAAUAUAUUUUUUAGUAAAAUUAUAUAUUAUUUUAAAUAAAGGUGACAUACUUCUUGAAAGCCGAAAUCAAUACGUCUGCUGUGGGUGGAAUAAAAAAGCACAUAGCUGAAAUGUAGCUAAGCGUUAUUUUUAGUCUGUUUUUGUUGUUUGUCCGCUGAUGAAGGCUUCUUGCUGAGACACUUGUUGUUUUGUUGGGUUCCCCUGUUCAGGUUUCACUCCUUUAUUUGUUUGUGUUAGAGCACACAGCACUGGGUGAGAUAUUACAGAAAUGUUAGGAAACUCACUACAAGGUAGGAUAUUAAUGAAAGCUUAGAGCAUAUAACACUGGGUGAGAUAUUACAGAAAUGUUAGGAAACUCACUACAAGGUAGGAUAUUAAUGAAAGCUUAGAGCAUAUAACACUGGGUGAGAUAUUACAGAAAUGUUAGGAAACUCACUACAAGGUAGGAUAUUAAUGAAAGCUUAGAGCAUAUAACACUGGGUGAGAUAUUACAGAAAUGUUAGGAAACUCACUACAAGGUAGGAUAUUAAUGAAAGCUUAGAGCAUAUAACACUGGGUGAGAUAUUACAGAAAUGUUAGGAAACUCACUACAAGGUAGGAUAUUAAUGAAAGCUUAGAGCAUAUAACACUGGGUGAGAUAUUACAGAAAUGUUAGGAAACUCACUACAAGGUAGGAUAUUAAUGAAAGCUUAGAGCACACAACACUGGGUGAGAUAUUACAGAAAUGUUAGGAAACUCACUACAAGGUAGGAUAUUAAUGAAAGCUUAGAGCACACAGCACUGGGUGAGAUAUUACAGAAAUGUUAGGAAACUCACUACAAGGUAGGAUAUUAAUGAAAGCUUAGAGCACACAACACUGGGUGAGAUAUUACAGAAAUGUUAGGAAACUCACUACAAGGUAGGAUAUUAAUGAAAGCUUAGAGCACACAGCACUGGGUGAGAUAUUACAGAAAUGUUAGGAAACUCACUACAAGGUAGGAUAUUAAUGAAAGCUUAGAGCACACAACACUGGGUGAGAUAUUACAGAAAUGUUAGGAAACUCACUACAAGGUAGGAUAUUAAUGAAAGCUUAGAGCACACAGCACUGGGUGAGAUAUUACAGAAAUGUUAGGAAACUCACUACAAGGUAGGAUAUUAAUGAAAGCUUAGAGCACACAGCACUAGGUGUGAUAUUAAUUAAUUCUAAUUAGAAUCUAUACAAUUUUAGAUAUAACUAACACUUAUCUAAAAUUGUAUGGAUGCCUAUAAGAAUUUAGGGGUACAGACACUCCCAAAAUUUGGUGAACAUCACUGACAGCAGACUUUUGCUUUAUUAUAAAAUAAAUCAUCGCAAAAUUACUUUAUUUUGGUGUCUAAUCAAAUAUGAAUACCAUUGUUUUAAUCAUUCCAAAACAAGCUGGUUUUAUUAUGUCAUAUAUUGCACAGGUGGAGGUGGCCUGGCCCUGUUUGGUACAGGUAACCUUCACACCUGGGCUGACAGUCUGGCCAAGUUUAACCACUGCCUGACCAAUAGAAAGAGAAUGGACAGAAGAAAGUUCAUGGAUGACAGUGCCUACAGGUGAGCAAUGUCUGAUUUAAUCUGUGUCAUCCACUCCAGACCUAGGGCAGGGCUUCUCAACCAACAGGGGCAGGACUCUUAUCCCUAAGAGGUGCAUGAAUGGGUUUCAGGGGCAGGGUUUCUUAACCCCAAGGGUUCCAGGAAUGGGUUUCAGGGGCAGGGUUUCUUAACCCCAAGGGUUCCAUGAAUGGGUUUCAGGGGCAGGGUUUCUUAACCCCAAGGGUUGCAUGAAUGGGUUUCAGGGGCAGGGCUUCUUAACCCCAAGGGUUGCAUGAAUGGGUUUCAGGGGCAGGGUUUCUUAACCCCAAGGGUUGCAUGAAUGGGUUUCAGGGGCAGGGUUUCUUAACCCCAAGGGUUGCAUGAAUGGGUUUCAGGGGCAGGGUUUCUUAACCCCAAGGGUUCCAUGAAUGGGUUUCAGGGGCAGGGUUUCUUAACCCCAAGGGUUCCAUGAAUGGGUUUCAGGUGCAGGGUUUCUUAACCCCAAGGGUUCCAUGAAUGGGUUUCAGGGGCUCCACAACAGUCAAUUUCUACAAUUGUUUUAUUAGUAUUCACAAAAUCUUGAUUUUCGUUAUAUUUUUACUUUUGAUUACUGAACUUAAAAGUCAAAAUGAAGAGUUGCUUGGGAUGCUCGUGUACACAGUCAGAUCAUUUACCACAGUCAUCUUCUUCUAAAAUGGUUUUGAUAUCAACUCCAAAUUGGACAAAUCUCUAUUUGCUGAUGACAUGUUUGCAAAUGUUAAUGUUGCUGUUAACAGUUCAACUGAUGACUUAUUGACAAAUGCCAAUGUUAACCAUGUCGUUCAGUCAUUUUCCUCACAAUGAAGAGAUGUCCUGGGGAAGAGUUUGCUUAAAUGUCAAGUAUUUUUGAAAGUCUGUCCACCCUGAUGUGGACGGUUGUGUCAAUAUACAUUGCCUUGUGCCUGCUAUUUGCCAAUGAGUGUGCCCUGUACUUUUGUUUAAAGUUGAACAAAUGAAGUCAGCUUAAACUUUAUGGCUUUUAAUGGGGUGGUGGUGGUUGGGGGAGGGGGGUCUUAAACCUUUUAAAUGCAGUGGCUACUUGAAACCUUUUGCCAAGUGAAGUUGACCCUCAACCAGUAUUUUGCCAAGAAAUUGAGAGACUGGUGCGAAACUAAUGGGGUGGGUAGUGACUGAUCAAUAUUUUAUAAUUAACACUUAAAAGAAUUUUAUACUCCCAGUAUUCCUAGUUGAAUCAUCAUUUCACAGGGUAAUUUUUUUUCCCUUACCUUUUUUUUUCUGGUAAUAUUUUGUUUAAUUUGCUAAAGAAUGUCAAGUUAACAAUAGAUUGACUCAAAACAAGGACACAAAUGAUAAAAAUCUCACUGGCAGCUUCAAGCAUAAUGAAAUGGCCAUCUAGUAGCCGUUUGUAAUGGCUUCUCUUAUAGAUUAUUACUGUGUUACUGGUUUGCACCAAGUUUGCUAGAUGUUGCAUCCAAUAACAUGAGAUUGAACAUCAAAUGAUCAUCUUGAUCAACUUGCCAUAUUUUACAGCGCCCAUUUUGGAAAGCCGCUGCUCUUAUGGGCACGGCGAGCCACGUUCUGGGAAACAACUGCACUAAUUUACUUAAGUAGACCUCUGAUUUUUGUUCAAUAUCUUAAAGUAUAUGUUAUUGAGGUGCCCCAAGUGUAUCCGAGAUCCACAUAAUAAACAAAUAUAUAGGGAGGGUUGCAUUUAAUAAGACAAAAAGCCCCAAAAGGAUUUCAUCCACAACAUCCACUGUUUUGUAUCUGAAACAUCCACUGUUUUGUAUCUGAAACAUCCACUGUUUUGUAUCUGAAACAUCCACUGUUUUGUUUCUGAAACAUCUACUGUUUUGUAUCUGAAACAUCCACUGUUUUGUAUCUGAAACAUCCACUGUUUUGUAUCUGAAACAUCCACUGAUUUGUAUCUGAAACAUCCACUGUUUUGUAACCUGUAGAGAGCUCAAGUAACCUGGUAGAGAUAUCAAGUAACCUGGUAGAGAUCUCAAGUAACCUGGUAGAGAUCUCAAGUAACCUGGUAGAGAUCUCAAGUAACCUGGUAGAGAUCUCAAGUAACCUGGUAGAGAUCUCAAGUAACCUGGUAGAGAUCUCAAGUAGCCUGGUAGAGAUCUCAAGUAACCUGGUAGAGAUCUCAAGUAACCUGGUAGAGAUCUCAAAUUGGCUAGUAGAGAUCUCAAGUAGCCUGGUAUAGAUCUCAAGUAACCUGGUAGAGAUAUCAAGUAACCUGGUAGAGAUCUCAAAUAACAUGGUAGAGAUCUCAAGUAACCUGGUAGAGAUCUCAAGUAGCCUGGUAGAGAUCUCAAGUAGCCUGGUAGAGAUCUCAAGUAACCUGGUAGAGAUCUCAAAUAGGCUGGUAGAAAUCUCAAGUAACCUGGUAGAGAUCUCAAGUAACCUGGUAGAGAUCUCAAGUAACCUGGUAGAGAUCUUAAGUAACCUGGUAGAGAUCUCAAAUUGGCUAGUAGAGAUCUCAAAUAGGCUGGUAGAGAUCUCAAGUAACCUGUUAGAGAUCUCAAGUAACAUGGUAGAGACCUCAAAUAGGCUGGUAGAGAUCUCAAGUAGCCUGGUAGAGAUCUCAAGUAACCUUGUAGAGAUAUCAAGUAACCUGUUAGAGAUCUCAAAUAGGCUGGUAGAAAUCUCAAGUAACCUGGUAGAGAUCUCAAGUAACCUGGUAGAGAUAUCAAGUAACCUGGUAGAGAUCUCAAGUAACCUGGUAGAGAUCUCAAAUUGGCUAGUAGAGAUCUCAAAUAGGCUGGUAGAGAUCUCAAGUAACCUGGUAGAGAUCUCAAGUCACUUGGUAGAGAUCUCAAGUAACCUGGUAGAGAUCUCAAGUAACCUUGUAGAGAUAUCAAGUAACCUGUUAGAGAUCUCAAGUAACAUGGUAGAGACCUCAAAUAGGCUGGUAGAGAUCUCAAGUAACCUGGUAGAGAUCUCAAGUAACCUGGUAGAGAUAUCAAGUAACCUGGUAGAGAUCUCAAAUUGGCUAGUAGAGAUCUCAAAUAGGCUGGUAGAGAUCUCAAAUAGGCUGGUAGAGAUCUCAAGUCACCUGGUAGAGAUCUCAAGUAACCUGGUAGAGAUCUCAAGUAACCUGGUAGAGAUCUCAAAUUGGCUAGUAGAGAUCUCAAAUAGGCUGGUAGAGAUCUCAAGUAACCUGGUAGAGAUCUCAAGUCACCUGGUAGAGAUCUCAAGUAACCUGGUAGAGAUCUCAAGUAACCUUGUAGAGAUAUCAAGUAACCUUGUAGAGAUAUCAAGUAACCUGUUAGAGAUCUCAAGUAACAUGGUAGAGAUCUCAAGUAACCUGGUAGAGAUAUCAAGUAACCUGGUAGAGAUAUCAAGUAACCUGGUAGAGAUCUCAAGUAGCUUGUCUCCACCAACCACCAUUUGAUACCCCUCCAUAUCACCAACCCUAGUCUCUAACAACCAACAUAAUAUAACCUCCAUCUCACCAAACCUAGUCUCCAACAACCACCAUUUUAUACCCUCCAUAUCACCAACUUAGUCUCCAAAAACCACCAUUAUAUCCCUCCAUCUCACCAAACCUAGUCUCCAAAAACCACCAUUAUAUCCCUCCAUCUCACCAACCCUAGUCUCCAAAAACCACCAUUAUAUCCCUCCAUCUCACCAACCCUAGUCUCCAAAAACCACCAUUAUAUCCCUCCAUCUCACCAACCCUAGUCUUCAACAACCACCAUUAUAUCCCUCCAUCUCACCAAACCUAGUCUUCAACAACCACCAUUAUAUCCCUCCAUCUCACCAACCCUAGUCUUCAACAACCACCAUUAUAUCCCUCCAUCUCACCAACCCUAGUCUUCAACAACCACCAUUAUAUCCCUCCAUCUCACCAACCCUAGUCUUCAACAACCACCAUUAUAUCCCUCCAUCUCACCAAACCUAGUCUUCAACAACCACCAUUAUAUCCCUCCAUCUCACCAAACCUAGUCUUCAACAACCACCAUUAUAUCCCUCCAUCUCACCAAAUUAGUCUCCAAGAACCACUAUUCGAAUUCGAUACCCUUUCAAAUCACCAACCCAAGUCUCCAACAACCACCAUUUUAUACCCCUCCAUGUCACCAACCCUAGUCUCCAACAACCACCAUUUUAUACCCCUUUAUCAUAACAAAUCAAGUCCUACCACCCAUUGUUAGACAUCUCUAGUUGAGUUGUUCCAAUUCCCGCCUGAUUGGCUGACUCCACCUUGACAUCAAAGACGGUCCCAUGAGUUAGCCGGCCCGUGCUGUUAACCUGGUCACGUCUGUACAAUAAUUGUGCCGUGACCUAAUUCUCGGGACGUGACGUGGCACCGAACAUGGCGAUCUCUUAUUGAUCCCACUGGUAUUACGGUCACAUGACCCGAGCGGAUAGACGGCCGAGCGGAUAGACGGGCCCCCAGUCUUUUGGGAUCAUCAAAGUUACACUCAAGUGGGCAAUUACCAUGGGAAGGCACGUAGUCGUAUGAAGCCUGAUUCCUGGCCGCCGGUUCUACUGGACUUGGUUACUGCUUCUUGCAAAUCACCCAUUUUGGUCAGCACCAGAAAUUGACUUUAGUCCAAGCGGCCGAAUUGAUUUAGGUGUUGGGGAGACACUCGUCCCACUCUAAUCCAUGGAUGAUACCAAUCGGGAUGAAAGGUGAGGCAAUAUUCCUCAAUACCAUGACACUCCCCAACCCUCCGGUUAGUUCAGAGACCUUGUAUAUUUUGUUGUACAUGAGUUCAUAUGGCCCUCCCCAAUCCUCCGGUUAGUUCAGAGACCUUGUAUAUUUUGUUGUACACGAGUUCAUAUUGCCCUCCCCAAUCCUCUGGUUAGUUCAGAGACCUUGUAUAUUUUGUUGUACAUGAGUUCAUAUGGCCCUCCCCAAUCCUCUGGUUAGUUCAGAGACCUUGUAUAUUUUGUUGUACAUGAGUUCAUAUGGCCCUCCCCAAUCCUCUGGUUAGUUCAGAGACCUUGUAUAUUUUGUUGUACAUGAGUUCAUAUGGCCCUCCCCAAUCCUCUGGUUAGUUCAGAGACCUUGUAUAUUUUGUUGUACAUGAGUUCAUAUGGCCCUCCCCAAUCCUCUGGUUAGUUCAGAGACCUUGUAUAUUUUGUUGUACAUGAGUUCAUAUGGCCCUCCCCAACCCUCCGGUUAGUUCAGAGACCUUGUAUAUUUUGUUGUACAUGAGUUCAUAUUGCCCUCCCCAAUCCUCUGGUUAGUUCAGAGACCUUGUAUAUUUUGUUGUACAUUAGUUCAUAUGGCCCUCCCCAAUCCUCUGGUUAGUUCAGAGACCUUGUAUAUUUUGUUGUACAUGAGUUCAUAUGGCCCUCCCCAACCCUCCGGUUAGUUCAGAGACCUUGUAUAUUUUGUUGUACAUGAGUUCAUAUUGCCCUCCCCAAUCCUCUGGUUAGUUCAGAGACCUUGUAUAUUUUGUUGUACAUUAGUUCAUAUGGCCCUCCCCAAUCCUCCGGUUAGUUCAGAGACCUUGUAUAUUUUGUUGUACAUUAGUUCAUAUGGCCCUCCCCAAUCCUCUGGUAAGUUCAAAUAGAUUGUAAAUGAGAUUCUUUAAAUUUUGCUGCACAUCUUGGUUUCUCUGUCUGAAUGAAUGUUGUCACCUGCGGAAGAGGUAGCUGCCCUUUUAAUGAUGAUGAAAACUUUAUAAUCCCAGCAAACACGAAAUGUAGAGCUCAGCAUUGCACCAAUUUUUAAAAAAAAUUUUUGGUUUAAAAUCGUGGCACGUUAUUUUUAUACGUUCCCUUCGUGACCCACUAACAUAUCGUGACCCACUAACAUAUCGUGACCCACUAACAUAAAACAGUUGUGAAAGUCCAUACAGUUUGUACAUGUUUCAAAAGAAUAACGUAUGCACUCAAACAAAAAUGUCAAGAAAUCUGGUACAUUUAUUCAUAGGACGACUUAUGACUUAUUAUGACUUAUUAUGACUUGUUAUGACUUAUUAUGACUUAUUAUGACUUGUUAUGACUUGUUAUGACUUAUUAUGACUUAUGACUUGUUAUGACUUAUUAUGACUUAUUAUGACUUGUUAUGACUUGUUAUGACUUAUUAUGACUUGUUAUGACUUGUUAUGACUUAUUAUGACUUAUUAUGACAUGUUAUGACUUAUUAUGACUUAUUAUGACUUGUUAUGACUUAUUAUGACUUGUUAUGACUUGUUAUGACUUGUUAUGACUUAUUAUGACUUGUUAUGACUUGUUAUGACUUAUUAUGACUUGUUAUGACUUGUUAUGACUUGUUAUGACUUGUUAUGACUUAUUAUGACUUGUUAUGACUUGUUAUGACUUGUUAUGACUUAUUAUGACUUGUUAUGACUUGUUAUGACUUAUUAUGACUUGUUAUGACUUGUUAUGACUUGUUAUGACUUAUUAUGACUUGUUAUGACUUGUUAUGACUUGUUAUGACUUGUUAUGACUUAUUAUGACUUGUUAUGAGUUGUUAUGACUUGUUAUGACUUGUUAUGACUUGUUAUGACUUGUUAUGACUUAUUAUGACUUAUUAUGACUUGUUAUGACUUGUUAUGACUUGUUAUGACUUGUUAUGACUUGUUAUGACUUAUUAUGACUUGUUAUGACUUAUUAUGACUUGUUAUGACUUAUUAUGACUUGUUAUCCUGUUGACUAGAAAAUUCAGUUUGGUAGAAAAACGUGUUACUUUUUUUGUUAGAUCGAAGUUGUAGCCUUUGUCCCUAUUGCCUCCCUUACCCAUCUGCAUUGCUUUUCUUUCAGAUAAUAAGAUGCCGGUCAUCUCAGUGUGAUUUUGUGUGUGUAAAGGGGGGGGGGGGUGAAGCAGAAAUCGAUUGCGCCAAGGCUCCCCAACAAAAUUGGGGGGGGGGUAGUGGGGGGGGGCCUCAGUGAGCCCCUCUCCAGAAUUUAAAAUAGAAUCCAAAAUGCCGGGCUGCAAUUACCUUACCCAUCUGCAUUGCUUUUCUUUCAGAUAAUAAGAUGCCGGUCAUCUCAGUGUGAUUUUGUGUGUGUAAAGGGGGGGGGGUGAAGCAGAAAUCGAUUGCGCCAAGGCUCCCCAACAAAAUUGGGGAGGGAGUAGUGGGGAGAGGCCUCAGUGAGCCCCUCUCCAGAAUUUAAAAUAGAAUCCAAAAUGCCGGGCUGCAAUUUGCUGCACGACCAAAUUAAGUCUUUCAUCGUUUUACACUAAUUCGGAAGAUAAAAGAAGAGAUGCUAAUUUAAAUGUAAAUGUUUAUACAAAUCCUUAAUUUUUUUAACAUUGUUAUUAAAUAAUAAUGUUGUUUUAAAACUUUUAUUUAAGAUAUGAGAUACUAAUUUGAAUUGGUUAAACAAUUUCGCCGUCACAUAACAUCUCGUCCCGUUGCCCCUCAGCCUUAUUUGUGGCACCAAUAGCUUUCACAUUCUCAAAUGUGGAUGGAACUCGGCAGUAAUCCAACAGCGUAACUUCGGGCCACUUGACUGUUCGCCCGUGCAUCCCUGGACAAAUACGGGAAAAGAACAAACCACCGUCGAGCGUCCAGCUGUUGCUCAACAGAGGUGCCCCCCAUCUUCCUGUUUCCUUGCAGGGGGAAAUAUCCUAACGAAAACACUCAUCACCUUUUACACCUCAAACCACUGUCCUCUUCUUGUUUGCUUUGACCUAUUCAAAUAAGAAAAUAGCUCAGCUCCGACCUCGCCCUUCAGCCUUUAACCUGGCGUGCUCUAACAAUGUCAUCCUAAUCUAGCGCCACGCUCCGACAUCGCUCUUUAACCGUACCGUCUAACCUGGCGUGCUCUAACAAUGUCAUCUUAAUCUAGCGCCACGCUCCGACAUCGCUCUUUAACCGUACCCUCUAACCUGGCGUGCUCUAACAAUGUCAUCCUAAUCUAGCGCCACGCUCCGACAUCGCUCUUUAACCGUACCCUCUAACCUGGCGUGCUCUAACAAUGUCAUCUUAAUCUAGCGCCACGCUCCGACAUCGCUCUUUAACCGUACCGUCUAACCUGGCGUGCUCUAACAAUGUCAUCUUAAUCUAGCGUCACGCUCCGACCUCGCCCUUCAACCUUACCCUCUGACCAGGCGUGCUCUAACAAUGUCAUCUCAAUCUAGCCGCCUCUCCCCCAAUUAACACAAAAGAAAACAAUGCACUCCAUAUCACUUUCUUUCAGCUUUGAAUGGGAGUGUAUGCGGGCUGAGGCGGGUAAAACAUUAGUUUAGGGCUCAUUAUCAGCGAAGUAUACGACAGCAAAACAUUAGUCUCGCAUGGACUUAUUUAACGUUACAAUUUUGCUCUUUUCCUUUGCAGUUUUGUAAGUGGAAAAAAUAACCCAGCCCUUAAACAAACAUCUAGCUAAUUUAAAAAUAAUAAAAAUGAUAAUUCGUGACCCUUUAUUUUUACUUUUGUGGCCUGGUACAAGUUUCGCGACCAUUCUACUAAACACAUCCAGUAUGAUACACAUUUGACCAAUACAUACAUAUUUGACUAAAUACAUACACAUUUGACCAAAUACAUACACAUUUGUCUAAAUACAUACACAUUUGACCAAAUACAUACACAUUUGACUAAAUACAUACAUAUUUGACCAAAUACAUACACAUUUGACUAAAUACAUACACAUUUGACUAAAUACAUACAUAUUUGACUAAAUACAUACACAUUUGACUAAAUACAAACACAUUCUACUAAAUACAUACAUAUUUGACUAAAUACAUACACAUUUGACUAAAUACAUACAUAUUUGACUAAAUACAUACACAUUUGACUAAAUACAUACACAUUUGACUAAAUACAUACAUAUUUGACCAAAUACAUACACAUUUGACUAAAUACAUACACAUUUGACUAAAUACAUACAUAUUUGACCAAAUACAUACACAUUUGACUAAAUACAUACACAUUUGACUAAAUACAUACACAUUUGACUAAAUACAUACACAUUUGACCAAAUACAUACAUAUUUGACUAAAUACAUACACAUUUGACUAAAUACAUACAUAUUUGACUAAAUACAUACACAUUUGACUAAAUACAUACAUAUUUGACUAAAUACAUACACAUUUGACUAAAUACAUACAUAUUUGACUAAAUACAUACACAUUUGACUAAAUACAUACAUAUUUGACUAAAUACAUACACAUUUGACUAAAUACAUACACAUUUGACCAAAUACAUACAUAUUUGACCAAAUACAAACACAUUCUACUAAAUACAUACACAUUUGACUAAAUACAUACACAUUUGACUAAAUACAUACAUAUUUGACCAAAUACAUACACAUUUGACUAAAUACAUACACAUUUGACUAAAUACAUACAUAUUUGACUAAAUACAUACACAUUUGACCAAAUACAUACAUAUUUGACUAAAUACAUACACAUUUGACUAAAUACAUACAUAUUUGACUAAAUACAUACACAUUUGACUAAAUACAUACAUAUUUGACUAAAUACAUACACAUUUGACCAAAUACAUACAUAUUUGACCAAAUACAAACACAUUCUACUAAAUACAUACAUAUUUGACCAAAUACAUACACAUUUGACUAAAUACAUACAUAUUUGACUAAAUACAUACACAUUUGACUAAAUACAUACAUAUUUGACUAAAUACAUACACAUUUGACUAAAUACAUACAUAUUUGACUAAAUACAUACACAUUUGACCAAAUACAUACACAUUAGACCAAAUACAUACACAUUUGACUAAAUACAUACACAUUUGACCAAAUACAUACAUAUUUGACUAAAUACAUACACAUUUGACUAAAUACAAACACAUUCUACUAAAUACAUACAUAUUUGACUAAAUACAUACACAUUUGACUAAAUACAUACACAUUUGACUAAAUACAUACACAUUUGACUAAAUACAUACACAUUUGACCAAAUACAUACACAUUUGACCAAAUACAUACACAUUUGACUAAAUACAUACACAUUUGACUAAAUACAAACACAUUCUACUAAAUACCUACAGAUUUGACUAAAUACAUACACAUUUGACUAAAUACAUACACAUUCUACUAAAUACAUACAUAUUUGACCAAAUACAUACACAUUUGACUAAAUACAAACACAUUCUACCAAAUACAUACAUAUUUGACUAAAUACAUACUCAUUUGACUAAAUACAUACACAUUCUACUAAAUACAUACACAUUUGACCAAAUACAUACACAUUUGACCAAAUACAUACACAUUUGACUAAAUACAUACACAUUUGACUAAAUACAAACACAUUCUACUAAAUACCUACAGAUUUGACUAAAUACAUACACAUUUCACUAAAUACAUACACAUUCUACUAAAUACAUACACAUUCUACUAAAUACAAACACCAUCUACUAAAUAAAUACACAUUCUACUAAAUACCUACCGGUACACAUUCUACUAAAUACAUAUACAUUCUACUAAAUACAUACAGGUACACAUUCUACUAAAUACAUUUACAUUCUACUAAAUACAUAUACAUUCUACUAAAUACAUAUACAUUCUACUAAAUACAUAUACAUUCUACUAAAUACAUAUACAUUCUACUAAAUACAUAUACAUUCUACUAAAUACAUAUACAUUCUACUAAAUACAUAUACAUUCUACUAAAUACAUACACAUUCGACUAAACAUUCCCCUGACAAAAUUCCUCUCAUUAAAGAAAUAGAGCUACAUAAGUACUCUCCAAAUCAGUGUGCAAUGUUACAUCAAAGGCUCUAAUAGUAAUUCUACAUUUACAUAAAACGUACAAAAAAAAACAACAAAAAAAACCAAAAAACAAACAAACAACCUUUUUGGAAUGUUAAGAUGUUAUGUGUGUGUGGGAGGCAGCCCAUUGGGUGUUUGGAGACAGGUUGUCUGAUCUGUACAAAAUAGGACCUGUUCUCAGUCUAUUACGUUAAAACUUUUGCUGUGAACGUUGUCAUCAAGUUAAAAUGCUUCUGCUGAAUUUAUUUUACAAUUCAAUGUAUCAUCAUUUUUGUGUGUGGCGAGAAGAAUUUUAGUGGAAUUUUGUUUUUGGCCAAGUACAAGCCUUGACGUUCCCUGUGUUUGACAUGUCUAAUGGUUGGACUUGUUGGUGAAUAAUGCAUUUAAUGACUGCUUUUUUCAAUGUUGUCCAGGGAGUAUUACUGGGCCAACUAUGCCACUGGCUUGGGCGCAUCACUUCAUGAACUAGGGCAUACAUUUGACUUGGCUCAUACUCCUUCAGGAAUUAUGGCCCGAGGUUUUGAUGAUCUCCACAAGGUAGGGGGAUAUGGGGGUGGGGGCUUCCAGGGUCUUUUCAGUCAUCUUACCUUGCACUGUGUCAAAUAAUCCUUUUUUGUUAAAACUAUUUGACUUAGACAAUUAGUUUUGAUGAAAUAUUUGACUUGGACAAUUAUUUGUAAUGAACAUUAGACUUGGACAAUUAUUUGUAAUGAACUAUUAGACUUGGACAAUUAUUUGUAAUGAACUAUUUGACUUAGUCAAUUACUUUUGAUGAACUAUUUGACAGACAUUUAUUUGUGAUGCACUAUUUGACUUAGACAAUAAUUUGUGGUGAACUAUUUGACUUAGACACGUAGUUGUGGUGAACUAUUAGACUUAGACAAUUAUUUUUGAUGAACUAUUUGACUUAGACAAUUAGUAGUGAUAAACUAUUUGACUUAGAUAAUUAUUUAUGGUUCCUAUAUUGUAAAGGUCAGUACAGAUUUAAACUAUGAUGUAGAUCUGUGCUUCUCAAAUUACGUUACAGGUGUUUAGGAAAGCUCUGAAAAGAUAUUCAACUAAGAAAUUGUAGAACUGGCUUUGAUCGAUUAGAAGAUUGAUGUUUAAAAGUAGCAUAUAAUUAGAAAAAAUCUGAUUAGGAAGUAAGUCUAAUCAGGUUUGAAUGUCUCUCCAUAGGUGUUCACCGUCCAACGGAAGCGUAAAGGUCGCCACCAGCAUAGGUCGGACCGACAUCGUCAGCGCUACAACAGUGGUGGCAGCAGCAACUCUGAAGUUUCCCGGACACCGUCCACUAGCAGCAUUGAUGACUCAUCUUCUUUAGGUAGCAAUAUUCCAUAGCAAUGGGUGGACUGGUAUUCACAAUAAGCAGCAUUCAAUAUCACAGUAGCAAUCUGGAUGUUAAAAAAAAAACUUCUUCAGGUUUUUGCCUAACCCUGUGUGUAUUUCUUAUUGCUACCCGAAUGCAGUCCUCCACAUAUUACAUCACAAACUCUGGCUAGACAUAUGUAUAUUUAAAAAAAAAAAAAUCUCUGUCCUUAUUGAUUUGAGCUGAGAUGUUGUUUUUUGAUCUAGCAGGCAGUAGCUGUGAUGGACAUGGUGCUAGUGUAGGUGCUGUGGCCAUCAGUCCCCAGAGUGCUGCCUUGAAGAGGCAGACGGAUAUAUGUUAUGGCAGCCCUAACAAACAGGUACGUGCGAUAAAUGUAAAUAGACUGCUCAUACCACUAAUAUUCCAUGUCAUCAGAUGUGUACAUGUGUAUACACUAAAUGUAAAUAUACUUUUUUAUACCACUGAUAUUCCAUGUCAUAAGAUGUGUAUGUGUGUAUGAAUUAAGUGUAAAUAUACUCUCAUACCACUAAUAUUCCAUGUCAUCAGAUGUGUACGUGUGUAUACACUAAAUGUAAAUAUACUUUCUCAUACCACUAAUAUUCCAUGUCAUCAGAUAUGUACAUGUGCAUACACUAAAUGUAAAUAUACUUUCUUAUACCACUGAUAUCCAUGUCAUAAGAUGUGUACAUGUGUAUACACUAAAUGUAAAUAUACUUUCUUAUACCACUGAUAUUCCACGUCAUAAGAUGUGUAUGUGUGUAUACACUAAAUGUUAAUAUACUCUGUCAUACCGCAAAAAUUCCAUGUCAUUAGAUGUGUAUGUGUGUAUAAAAUAUAUGUUUAUAUACUCUAUUAUACCGCUAAUAUUCCAUGUCAUUAGAUGUGUACAUGUGUAUACUGUACAGGUUGAUAGUCUUGAUGAUCUAUAACUUCUCAGCAAAUGUCUUAGAGAUAAAAUCACCUUGUUAAAUCUUAAACAUAAAUGAUAGCAAAUAUUUCUGAAUAUUUAUUUUAUACUAGAGAGACUAUGGGGUCUAUCUUUUAAAAGUACCGGUAUCACACAAGCAAGCAUAGUGUUAAAUGAAACAUUUAAAACUAUGAGAAAGAUAUUUUCUCAGUUGGUAAAUAUUUGUACAUUUCUUAAAGUUGCAUUUCUUAUUUUCCUAUGACUUUGUUGUAAGAUUGACGGAGUGUCUGUACAGCCGUUGUGCUGAGUUUGUUGUAAGGUUGACGGAGUGUCUAUACAGCGGUUGUGCUGCUAUAAAAACUCUUGUAGCUCAACCGGUGUUUGUUCUAUAACAUAGAAUUCUAAUCACAGCCUGGUGUCUUGCAGAUCCUGGCCAGUAGUGAGAGAGUCUACAUCGCCCCACCUCCACUUGUGGUCAGUGUAGAGCCAGGCUUCAAGCAAUGGUCUGCACCGACCACCAUGACAUUCUCUGUGAAAAACUAUGACGGCAGCGAGACUCGACAAACUAUCCUUGAAGGGGAGACAGUGGUAGCCAAGGAUUUGACCAGUAAGAGCUCAAUAGGUAAGGGUCUAGGAUGAAUGAGGACAGUGGCAUACCCAGGGCGUAGAACAUGGCAGGGAACACACAGGAUGUACCAGAGGCAGGAAACAUGAUAUAGCUGGGGCAGAGAACAUGGUACAGACCUGUUUACUCUUACCAUUUUGGAGUAAAAUGUACGAUUUUGAGAUGUCUUUUACGACUAUACGCUGAGACCUUACGGCAAAAGUUGGGCACUUUUUUAUCUUCAAUAUUGCACUGUAGGUAAAUAUAUAGUCAGUCAUCUAAUGUGAGGAGUGCCAUUUCUUUGACAUGGGAUGCACUGUGUCUUUGUUUAUUUACUUUCUCAAUACAGUGUUGUUUGAUUUUUGAGAUGACAAAUUACUAUUCUGACACUAUUUGGGGGUUCCAGUGUAACCAGGUCAGCAGAAUGCUCUGAUUGCAACCUAAUAAGGGGACAAAAAGGUAUACCUGGGGCCAAGGCACAUGGUAUACCUGAUGAUAGGGAACAUCAUUAAGCUGGUUCAGGAAACAUGAUAUACCUGGGAAAAUGAACAUGGUUUAACUGUGGGCAGGGAACAUGGCAUGAGGCAGGGAAUAUGGUAUACCUGAGGGGUAAGGUACAUGGUAUAGCUGGGGGCUGGACAUUUUUUUAUCUGGGGCAGGGAACAUGGUAUAGCUGUAGGCAGGGAACAUGGUUUAGCUGGUGGCAGGGAACAUUAUUUAUCUGAGAGCAGGGCUAAGAAAUAAAAACUUAGAUAAUUAUGUGGGUCAUGGUUUAUAUAUUCUGUGGAACAAUUCAUUCCCAUGUCGGAUAACAGAUUAUAUUAUCCAUCAAUAAGACAUUGGAUAGUAGGAUAAUGCAUUGAAGUUCAGCUGUUGCAUUAAAUGGAUUAAAUUGUCCGUACUCUGCGUUGGAUAUCUUUAAAGAGUGUCUAAGAUACUUCCACUAAAUGUUAACACUAUCCGUAUCUCCUUCCAGAUCGCAGACCAUCAUCCGUGUCAUUAGCCUCAAUAGGAUCAUCUUCAUCCUUGUCACCAACCUCGCCAGGACCCUCCACCCUCCCAAACUCCCCCGAAGACCCACCUUCCUCCUCCGAUUUGACUAUCACGUCAGAAGUCAGUUUUGUUGACUCAGGUGCUCACUGGUACAGAUCAUCGGCAGUUGUACUGCGUUUUCACAAGUAAGUCUUAUAUAUAUCUCAGCAGUUGUACUGUGCUGUCACAAGUGUUUCAGCCUUGUCUAUACCUAGGAUUAAUGCAUAUAAUAUCUAUUGAUUUUAUAGUGCUCUAUGCAGAAUAAAAUGGCUUCACCGAGUUAACCUACUAAGGCAUGCAUUCACUGAUUAUGAUAAUAAGAACUAGCAGAUUGCAUACCAACACACAACAUAACAUCUCAUUCAGUUUGGUUUGUCACACAACACUGCAAAUGUCUCUGUCAAUGUUAAUGUUCAGCUCAUUUAACUUGUGUCAAGGGAGUAGACGAGACUUAAGAACUUUUUGGGAAACUAUUUCUGUUCACAGGUGGUUUAACAGACAAGAUCCCAACGACCCCAGAAAAAUCCCUACAUUACAAGGGUGAGUAGAAAGUUCAUCAUCUCUCAGUUACUGAAAAGCUUUGUAAUAGGGAUUUUAAAUCUCUGUAAUUUGCCUUCAGCAUUUAGCUAUUAUGACAGCAUGGCAGCCUGGCAUAUGUCUAACAUUGAAACUACUCAAGAAUUCAUUAAAAUAACAUUUUAUCUUUUUUCUUACUGUUUUCUGUGAGUCCACAUUACCUUGCCCAGCACUCCUUGAAUAACUUGCAUAGUACAUCCUGAAAACCUUGCAAGUACUCCUUGAAACCCUUGCCAAGUACUCACUGAAAACUUUUCAAGUACUCACUGAAAAACUUUCCAGACACUCCCUGAAAACCUUACCAAGUACUCUCUGAAAACCUUACCAUGUACUCCCUGAAAACCUUACCAAGUACUCUCUAAAAACCUUACCAAGUACUCUCUGAAAACCUUACCAAGUACUCUCUGAAAACCUUACCAAGUACUCCCUGAAAACCUUACCAAGUACUCUCUGAAAACCUUACCAAGUACUCUCUGAAAGCCUUAACAAGUACUCUGAAAACCUUACCAAGCACUCUCUGAAAACCUUACCAAGUACUCCCUGAUAACCUUACCAAGUACUCUCUGAUGAAAACCUUACGCGAAUUCUCCUUUCAAAGACUCUUUAAAUCUUCAAUCACUGUUUCCAGAGCUCUCAUCAAAAGUCCAUCUGGACUUCGCAUCAUUGAGCUGCGUACUGACCCUGAGGGCUCCAUAUUUCAUCACUGGGAGUUUUUGAACCCCGCACCCCCCACAGAAUUUGUAUUGCGAAGGUCAAAGGUAACCAACAUGUCACCAGAGAUCAGCACCGUCACCAUUAUGGCAGAGGACAGUUAUGGUAACAUCAUGAAGAAGAGGUUCAAGGUUGAGGAUUUUGCCUGAGUUCAUUAACUUGUCUCAAUGUCUUACAUCAAAUUCAUUCUGCUAGAAAAUGUAAUAUUGUAUAUUAGCAGCUACAAGCAUUGGUGUCAAUAGUAUGUAUAUUGCUGGUGUUUAUGUAUAUAUGUAUAUGAAAAAAACGGUUGUUUUCAAACCUAUGCGUAUACAAAGUGAUUUUUAAAUUUGUUUGGAUAAAAUGCAUGUUUGCCUCUUAGAGGGGAAAUUCAGCUGAGAAGUCCCAGUCUACGAAUCUGGGUUUAGACUCAAGCAUCAUUGAUGUGCAUAGAACAAAUACUAGAUCUGACAACAUGCUCCAUCUGGUUUUUGUCUUCUAGGCAGAGUCCAGUCCUGUGUCAUGUCAAAUGUUGGGUUAAGUUUUCCGUGACUGUCCAUCAGAUGGCAGCACCAGUCAAAUGUCUGCAGUGUUUCUUUGAUUAGCACCUAACCCCCCCCCCCCCCCCCCCCACCCAACACACACCCACACAAACACACAACAUACACAGUUUAACAAUGGCAAUCUCUGUGUGCAGAAUCUUUGCGCUUAAAUGCACACGUUCAUAUGCUGAUCUACACCUUAAAAAAAUGGGCUGAGCCUGGUGCAGUUUUUGUACACCUGGCCCUGGUCCGAGUAUUUUUAGAAAAUACACUCACAUAGUGUUACAAAAAAAAAGAAAAAAAGUUAUCUUGUGAUUUUCUAUAAAUAGAAUGUUUUCCACCCAAUGGGGGAGAAUUGAAAAGUGCAUGACAAAGGAAUCAAAGUUAAAGACUUCAAUACACUAAUAGCUUAAUACUAUAAUCCUAACCCAGAGGCGUACCACACCAGAAUUAUACAUUGAAAUUGACCAACAGGUGUUGAGAAAAGGGGGGGGGGGCAGAGUUUUUU